GUCCCAUAAGCCUAACAAAUACCAUACUCGAUUCGGCGUCGUUUUAUUUUCCAAUAUUUUAUUUUUAGUUUUUCAAACAAUUUCCUGAAAGAUCAAACACCAGGGGGUUGUUCUGCUUUUCGUGUGACUGACUCCGCGACAGGGGUUUCUUCUUCACUCAGUGUACGGUUGAUUCCUUCCUUCUCUAAUAAGCAACUCUACUUUGAGCUUUCAACAUGUUUGGGUUCUCUCGUCGCCGUAUGAAACGAGCUAGAUUGAAGGUUCAGCUUUCUGACGCCACUCAGGGAACUAGAAGUCCUGUAAGGCAACCCAAACGAAAUGGAAACUCCAAUGGAGAAGGAGAUGCAGGAUCAGGUGGUCAUUCUGAUGAAAUUGAUUGCCAGUCUUCAGCUGCUGCGCCUGAGAUAAGUACUUGUGCAUCAGGAAGCUCGGAGAACUGGAUGGUGUUAUCAAUUGCAGGGGAUAAACCCACUCCUAGAUUCAAUCAUGCAGCAGCUGUCAUUGGGAACAAGAUGAUAGUGGUUGGCGGUGAAUCUGGAACUGGAAUGUUAGAUGACGUGCAGGUGCUAAAUUUUGACAGCUUUUCAUGGACCACAGCGUCCUCGAAGCUUUACUUGUCGCCUAGCAGUCUGCCACUAAAGAUUCCAGGAUGCAAGGGUCAUAGUUUGGUUUCCUGGGGGAAAAAGGCACUCCUCAUUGGAGGGAAAACAGACCCUGGAAGUGACAGAAUUUCAGUACGGGCAUUCGAUACGGAGACAGAGUGCUGGUCACUCAUGGAGGCAAAGGGAGACAUACCGGUUGCUCGCAGUGGUCACAGUGUUGUCAGGGCGAGCUCUGUUUUAAUAUUGUUUGGGGGUGAAGAUGCAAAAAGGAGGAAACUGAAUGAUCUACAUAUGUUUGAUCUCAAGUCUUUGACGUGGCUUCCACUUCACUACACGGGAACAGCACCUUCUCCAAGAUUCAACCAUGUAGCAGCUCUUUAUGAUGAUAAAGUUCUUUAUAUAUUUGGAGGAUCAUCUAAAUCCAGGACCUUGAAUGAUUUAUAUUCACUUGACUUUGAAACGAUGGCAUGGUCAAGAGUAAAGAUACGAGGUUUCCAUCCUUCUCCUAGAGCUGGUUGUUGUGGCGUCCUAUGUGGUACUAAAUGGUAUAUUACAGGGGGUGGAAGCAGAAAAAAACGACACGGAGAGACUGUCAUAUAUGAUAUUGUAAAAAAUGAAUGGUCCGUGGCAGUUGCUUCACCUCCAUCUUCUAUCACCACCAGCAAGGGCUUCAGCCUGGUACUCGUGCAACACAAGGAAAAGGACUUUCUUGUUGCAUUUGGGGGAUCCAAAAAAGAACCAUCAAAUCAGGUGGAAGUGUUGAUAAUGGAAAAGAAUGAAUCAACACUGGGAAGAGGACCAACUCCCAGUAAAGUUUCAACAUCUAUAGUGCCUGAAAAACAUUCAUCAUCCUCUAGAUUGGCCUCUCAACUUAAUGAUUGUUCCCAACGUUUAGUUGACUCUGUUGCUAGACAAAAUCUAGCAUCUGCAAUUGAACAUGGUUCUGGAAGGAAAUCUCUGUCAGAAUCCCUGGUUGUAGAUCCCAAUUUCCACCCCACCAACGUCUCUCUUCGUAAACAAUUUGAUCAUGAUGAAGAAUACAAUACAGAUGUCAAGAUUGACAAGAACUCAGACGAAAGUUCUUUCCAUCGGGCAGCAGAUCACAGAACAAACGAAAAUUACCAAGGUAAUCAGAUGAACUUUAGUGGAGCGAAGAUCAAUUUGGAGGAACAACAGGUGUUGGUAUCUGGAGUUCCAAAUCAACAAAAUCAAGUAUUUGAAAAUGUCGCUCUAGAAAGUGAUAAUGUCUCAUUUCAUGAAAACAAUAAAUCAGGAUCACUGUCUACUCCUUCAAAUCUCUAUCAUUAUUAUGAAAGUAAAGUAGCUGCCCUAAUAAGGAAAAAUGGAAUUCUGGAAGGACAAUUGGCAGCUUCCCUGGCAAGCAGAGAAGCUGCAGAGAAAAGCUUAUCAUCUGUUCUUAAAAGCAGGCAGGAAAUGGAGAAAAAAUUGGCUGACGCACACAAGGAGAUAGAAUUACUAAGAGAGAAGCUGGCUGGUCUAGAGUUAGCCCAAGAAGAGGCUAAUAGCCUUUCAAACAUUGUCCACUCUGACAAUGUUAGGCUGGAGCAUGAUGUGGCCUUCCUCAAGGCUGUUUUAGACGAUACGCAAAAGGAGUUGCACUCAACAAGAGGAGUUAUUGCUGGAGAAAGAGCAAGGGCAUUCCAACUACAGUAUGAAGUUUUUCAUCUCAAGCAGAGAUUGCAAUCAGUGGAAAAUAGAGCAUCUACACCCAGAAAACCGUUUCAUGUGCAGUGAAGUAUAUAGUUGGAGUAGCACUUCACUUGGCUCCCCAAACACUGAAAAAAUCCAUUUGUACAUAUAUUUGAAUCAGUGAAUCACCAUAGAAGUACUGCUUUUUCUGCAACACUUGAUUGUGUAAAUGUCCGUUUU